UGAUGCUUUACAUUUUUAACUCAAGCUUUCAAAAUGGCGGACCCGAACGCGAAAGGCAAAGUAGAUUUGGGGCUUUUGGAAGAAGAUGACGAAUUUGAGGAGUUUCCUGCCGAAGAAUGGACGGCGAAGGGAGAAGACGCCCAGGAUAUAAAUGUCUGGGAAGACAACUGGGACGACGAUAACAUCGAAGAUGACUUCAGCCAACAACUCAGAGCAGAACUGGAAAAACAAGGUUACAAGAUUGAUGGCACAGGAGAACCAAUCAAGUCCUGAAACCACAUCCUUCCAAAAUCUUGCCAAUAUCACCGAGAACUACUUGAAUAAAGCGCCGCUAUGUUAUUAUUCCUGAA